AUGAUCACUGCAAUAAGUUUAGCUAACAUCCAUCAGCACACGAUAGCAGAAUGGGGCCCACGGAGUCCAUCGGCAGUGGCCUCUAACUUUAAGAAGGCAAGCAUGGCAUCGUCUGCCCAGCGAAAAAGGAUGAGUCCUAAGCCAGAGCUCACUGAAGAGCAGAAGCAGGAAAUCCGGGAAGCUUUUGACCUCUUUGAUGCCAAUGGGACUGGGACCAUAAAUGUUAAGGAACUUAAGGUGGCGAUGAGGGUGCUGGGCUUUGAACCCAAGAAAGAAGAGAUCAAGAAAAUAAGUGAAAUUGAUAAAGAAGGGACAGGAAAAAUGAACUUCAGUGACUUUUUGACUGUGAUGACUCAGAAAAUGUCUGAGAAAGAUACCAAAGAAGAAAUUCUGAAAGCUUUCAAGCUCUUCAAUGAUGAUGAAACUGGGAAGAUAUCCUUCAAAAAUCUAAAGCGCGUGGCCAAAGAGUUGGGUGAGAACCUCACUGAUGAGGAGUUGCAGGAAAUGAUCGAUGAGGCUGAUCGAGACGGAGAGGGAGAAGUCAAUGAGCAGGAGUUCCUGCGCAUCAUGAAAAAGACCAGCCUUUACUGAGAUCAGUCUCUUCUUUUCAUAUUGUGUGAAACCUGGGUUUUGAGAACAUAAACUAUUUUCUCCUACUCACCUCCCUGUAUGACUUCAGUAACAAUCUUGGUUCUCUUUUAGGCAUCUGAAAGUGUUCUUUGACAUUUAAGUUCUUUGUAAGGUGAUCUACUGAUUGCUUCAAUA